UCAUGACGCACCGUAUUCACAGCCGAAGGACAUACAGUUAUAGAAGUUGGGUCUCAAUUACGGUAAGCGUGGGAGUCUAACGGAAUUCCGUACCCACGCGUACGUUAAAAAAGAGCGUCAGUUCCUGUGAUCCGCGUCUUUGGACGGACUGUGUUGUUCCAGUGGCUUCACCGAAAUAGCGCAGCCAAUAUCUGUUUACAGAGGCACGGCUCCUCCUGGGUGGAUAAACUUCUUAAAAAGAAACAGGUGCACUGAGCUAAAGGGCGCAAUGGUGGAUUAUUAUGAUGUUCUGGGAGUGUCACGAAAUGCUUCUCCAGACGACAUCAAGAAAGCUUACAGGAAACUGGCUCUGCUGUGGCACCCUGACAAAAACCCAGACAACAAGGAGGAGGCGGAGAGAAAAUUCAAGGAGAUAGCAGAGGCCUAUGAAGUUCUUUCAGACAAAAGCAAACGGGAAGCUUAUGACAGAUACGGUAGAUCGGACAUGCCAAGCUCAGGCUUUGGGAGCUCUUCAUUUCAUGACGACUUUCCAGGAUUCACCUUCACAUUCCGCAGCCCAGAUGAGGUAUUUCGAGAGUUCUUCGGAGGGCAGGACCCAUUCGCUGACUUCUUUGAUGAUUUACCAUUUGGUGGAAUGCACAGUGGGUUUCACAGCUCCUCCAGGCUUGGGACCAGUCGCCUCUUCUCAUUUCCCUCAGCAAAUGUUGACUUCACCUCCUUCUCUUCUUCAAUGGGAGGGAUGGGCAGCAUGGGAGGGGCAAACUUCAAGUCUGUUUCUACUUCCACUCGUAUUGUCAACGGAAAACGGAUCACCACAAAAAAGGUCACAGAAAAUGGACAGGAGAGAACAGAGGUUGAGGAGGACGGGGUUCUGAAAUCUAUCCUAAUCAAUGGUGUGGAGGAUGAGAUGGCCUUAGCUUUAGAACUGAGACGUAGAGAGCAGCCGGGUCAGCCUUCCAGACAGCCACUGCUCCGGCCCCCCAACAACAGCUCUCCAAACCCUGCCCUGCGCUCCUUCAGUGCUGCCCCUUUCUAUAAAUGUCCUGAUGCCAGCGAAGAUGAGGAUGACGAAGACCUGCAAAUGGCACUGGCCUACAGCUUGUCGGAGAUGGAGGCCCAGGAGCGGGCAGAGGACAUGAUCUCAGGUGCUGGGGGAGGGAUGGUGAAGCAAACAAGGGGUGAUGGUAGCGGUGAAUGUGGGAAUGUCACUCAGAAAAUCAAAUCUGAGAGGGCCGGGACAGAUGAUUCAGCACCCAGCACCCCCUGUUCUCCAGAGGAUAGAGUAGCAGAUAAGGGACAGGCUAGGGGUUCCAAACAUUUGCAUCCAGAGAGUGUUGUUGUGAAGGAGAGUGAAAAAACAGUGGCCAAUGGGACUAAUAUGAUCAAAAAGAGGAGAAAGUGUCAUUGUGUGGUCUGUUAGUAAGCGUGUGUGGAAUAAUCUUGCUUGUUGAACUUGUGUGAUGUUAGCAGUGUGUUAGCCCUAUGUUCAUCUGGUGUGUUUUUGAUACUUCCUGAAGCGUUGGACUGUGCCUUGACUUAUAUAUCUCUGUUUCUUGUGGCAGGGCUUAUGGCAUUGCGCAAGGAUGACUGUGCUGAUUUUGUAUAUUCUUGCCUUGAGGUAUAAAUAACAGAUGCCAAAAUGUGUUUACUCGCCACAAAGAAAUCUGCUUAAUACACAGACUACAGGUAAAGCCGGUGCCACACUAGCAGACUCGAUUUUACACUUGCUGACUGUUUUGCUGAUAUCUAGCUUUCUUCAGUCAGAGAUAUGACACACUUGCUGAUAUAAAAUAGAGUGGUGACAAACAUGCCAACUCACUGCAACUCUCUCUCUGAUUCCCUUUCACAUGGAGCUCACUGAAAUAACAACAGGAGUGUUGUGGCUCUGCUUUCUGAAUGGGAAAAAAAACAAAAGGCAGGAAAAACGCUUUCUGAAAGAAUCACUAUGGAUUACUCUUGCGUUUGUGAUAAUAUGCUUCUGAGUGUGAUAAAACUCAGCUUCACAUCUUGUCAGUUCUUCAGUAAAAGAAACAUAUUGGUCUCUUGACGAGAAUGCAAGAGCAUUGAUAUUUUCAAGCAAGCUUGAUGUGCCUUUUCAGUUUUUGAAGCCAUUAACUCGGAGGGAGUCCCGUCAGUCGAGUGAUUAAUGACCUCCCGUUGAGAGACACUAAUGCACAUUUAGUCUCCCUCCGCUUGGCCGGCUGAAAAUCACUGGAAAAAUCGGCUAGUAUGGCACCGGCUUAAUACAUACUAAAUGUUGAAUAAUUAAAGGUGUUGUAAGCAGUUUUUUUUAGAAGGAUACAGCUGCAAGCCAUGCUCCAAAUAGGGGCGGGAGCUCCAAACCAACAGCGAAGACAUACAGAGCUUCCAACCUGUCCUUUUCCCUAACUCUAUCCAUGUCUCGCCCCCUUUUGGAGUUGGACCAACCCCCUUCUGGAGUUACCCCGCCCUCUUUUGGUGAUUAAUUCCACCCCCAUUUGGAGAUCUCCAGGCUGCAGCUAUACCUACUUGAGUUUUUUUUUUUUUUUUUAGAACCAUGCAUAAAAUGACCCUACUACCUGACACAUUGCAUUGAAAUAGGUUUUCUAAAAAACACACAUCUCUGUGACAAAUAUGGGCUCUUUAAACAGCUAAAAAAAGCAAUAUUAGCUCGUAUCAGUAUUAGCAAAUAAAAAAAAAACGCCAGCCAUACGGUAGUCAGUCAGAAAUGCUCUCUGCCUAUGAAUCGUUUUUCUCAGUCAGGCAACAGGCAUGUUAUUAAAGGUGCACUCCUUAUAUCAUGAGCACUCACAUGAGAUUAAGACUUAAGUCAUAUUUGUAACCUUAUAAAUGCUGUUUUAUUCUACUUGGAGUGGGUCCUCUCAUGGGGGCUGCCAUGUAAGGAUCACCUGACCAGCUGAAUACUUCUCGCUUAAUCUCAGUAACCGUCCUGUUAUUGAACACUUUCACUCAUGGUUUAAGUUAAUAAUGGCUGACUGUGAAUUGACUAAAAACUAUUGUGUUUUGAAUUAUGUUGCAUCCUUGCCCCUAGAUGUGCAUGUCCAAGAUGACGUAAAAAAAAAAAAAAAAAAAAAAAAUAGACUGAAUGCACCUUUGAAGUUAGCAAAAUAGUUGAAGGUAGCAGAACAGCUGAAAUUGCUUAAAGCACCUUUAAAUGCAGUAUUAAAUAUGAAAUUUUGCUGCCAAAUGAAGAUGAAUGCUCUGCCCUUAAAGUUCCAUUCAAAUAAAAUAUAUAAAAUUGCAGCUGAGCAAGUUGAGAGUUUUUCAGUUGCUUCAAUUGUUUCAAGUGCCUCAUUCCUGUUGUAUUUUUUGAGAUUAAGUUUUUUUUUUUUUUUUUUUUUUUAUAAAAGCAAUCGUACCAAUAUGAAAUUUCCCCCCGAUUAAUUUGAAAAGAGUUAUAAACUUUUGCACAAAAAAUAUUUCAAGAUUGUCACAAUCUCUGAGGGCUAAUUCAGUACAUAAAGAUUUCAAACUCUUCGAACUUAGGCAUUUAAAAGAUUGUAGAUCCCAAUUUUUUUCAGUUCAUUAGAAUGUGCCAAAUAACUGAUUGACAACGACCCUAAUUUCUAGUUUUAUAUGCAUCAAAUUGUUCAAUUGCAUGACUGUGGUUGCCAGUGCCAUAUUUCAUGUGUCAGCUCAUGUACAGGUUAGCCAAAAAAGCACAUUUUAAUUAUUGUUGCUUGCCUGUGUAGUUUCCUUCAUAAAAGCCAGCAGGUGUGUGAUGUGAAAUGAACUAUCAAAACUUUAAUAAAUGAACAUUUGUUGUGCUUAAACACUAGACAAAGGACAAAACGUUAGAAUGUUCUGCCAUGCCAAUGUUAAUGAAACAAGUUAUUUUGUGUAAUUAUAUAAACUGUAAAGCAAAAACAGUUUAUUUACAAAAAUCUUUGCUCUUCUAUGUUUGAAAAUGUUAUGCGAGACGGCAUGGUUGUCUCAAUUCAGGAGUAUCCUAAUUUGGUGCUCAGAAAGUGAUAUUUAAAUGACUAAAUUGUUAAUAAAUGCUGUUUUAAUCAUUGUCAACCUGAAGCUGUUGAUACUACUGUAAGAAACAAUAAACUCUAAUAAAUCAG